GCGUCGGAUGAGGUUCCCUUCUCUGCACCAGACGUCAGCCGACUCUGACAAUCUCAACAACAGCAUCUCAGAUCCGCAGGGAUCCUUAUGACUCUGUCGAUCGCCGACAGAUCGUAGCAGCCACGGCCUUCAGAACAACUCACGCAACGAUUUAACUAAACAGAAGUCGCCAGAGAGGCGCGGAGUGAGUAGCCUUUGAGUAGUCACCAUGAGGGGACCAGAUCCACCGAAGUGGUCCGUCUCGCAGGAUUCUUUAGGUGCCCAAUCCACCGCUGAAUCUUCCGCUCAACUUGUGCAUCCAGAGAAAGAUUACUUAUGCGGGAUUUUUUCUUACCGACCUGCGUGGCUGCAACGAUUCGCACAUCCGAGAUGGUAUUUCAUGAAUUACGUGCUGAUGGGGAUUUUGAGCGGAGCCUACAAAAGCUACCUGGUGGGGACCUUGUCUACGAUCGAACGCCGCUUCCAAAUGUCCAACUCGACAACGGCCAUCAUCCUGAUAGCUGACAAUAUUUCACCGAUCUUUAUCAACGUUGUCGCUGGCUAUUAUGCGAAUCGCAUCAGCCGACCGAAGCUGAUGAGUUUGGGUUCUUUCAUUGUGGUCUUGAGCUGUAUGUUCAGUAUCCUGCCUUUCGUCAUUUAUGGACCAGGGAUCACAGACGAAGAAAUGGAAAUGGCUAGAGCCGCUCAGAAAUUGCGAGUGUGUCACGAUAAAUCGCUGGGAGGGUAUCGAGAUGGCUGCUCCGACAAUCAGGCGUGGGUUCCCUUCCUCCUGUUCUUCUUCGCUAACUUCUUGAAUGGAUCCGGUGGCAGUGUCUACUACGUUGUUGGCUCAACCUAUAUGGACGACAACAUAAGGAAAAAAACUCGCCUUUCUACUUCAGCGUCCUUCGCUCUGCGCUUGCUGGGCCCGGUAUUGGGAUUUCUGACGUCUAGCUUUUGCCUGACGUUCCACGAAGACUUCUUCACGCCUGUCGGUCUGAGCAAAAGAGACCCUCGAUGGGUCGGUGCGUGGUGGCUCGGCUACAUAUUUUUCGGUAUCGCUCUCACGUUCGUCGCGCUACCGAUGAUGUUCUUUCCCCGCAUCCUCCCAAUGGGUAAAGAUCAGAAAGCCAAUAAAGUCAUGUCGAAGAAAACCGGCCGGGGCGCAAUUAAGGUUGAUGUUCGACCGUCGAGAAUCUUUCCAGAAGUCUCGUCUGAUUUCAUUCGCGUUCAACAGGAAAUCUGGCUCUCCGUUGUCAGAUUGUCUAAGAACCCCAUCUUCGCGCUGAAAUCGAUCGGCUUCGUCUUCUUCAUCAUCGCUUCUGCCGGAUACGGGACAAGUUUCACGAAAUACUUGGAGCAUCAGUUUGGAAGGACAGCUUCGUCCGCUAGUUUCCUCUCAGGAGUCUCGAAGGUUCUAACGAAUAUGAUCGGUAUAAUGGCCGGUGGCUUGCUGAUUCAGUUCUUCAAGCCAUCAGCACGGAAAGUCGCAAUCUAUGUGGCACUCAUCGAAGCCACCUACUUGUCGGGAUACGUCGCUCUCUCCUUCAUCGGGUGUCAAUCGAAAACCAUUCGCGGCCUCACCGACUUCAUCGGCCCCUACCACGGAGAGCCACUCGAUUACCAUGACGCGGCGACUGCGCUGACUAACAGCUGUAAUGCUAAUUGCACGUGCUCAGUCAACGAUUUCUCCCCCGUUUGCUCUUCAAUCGGGACUCUUUUCUCGCCAUGUUACGGCGGCUGUCGUACGCAAGAGCUAUCCGCGAAGGGAAUCCCGCUCUCUUAUACGAACUGCACUUGCGUGGAUCCUUUGAGCACGACUGAAACUGUGCAACCUGGGUACUGCGGCUCGACAUGUUCGACACUGGUACUGUACCUCGUUAUCGUGAGUUUGUGUCAGCUCGUUGGAUCCUCUGCGAGACCUGGCAGCAUACUGCUGUAUUUAAGAUGCGUCGACCCAGUGGACAAAAGUAUCGCCCUCGGGGCUGGCUCAUCAUUUAUAAACCUAGUCGCUUUCAUACCAUACCCCUUGAUCUACGGGUAUGUGCUAGAUAAAUCGUGCAUAUUGUGGGGCAAGAAGUGCGAUGGUAGCAGAGGGAGCUGCAAGAUCUAUGAUAUCGAUAAAAUGAGGUAUUUGGUGCAUGGCACGACGAUCGGGCUGCUGUCUGUUGGAGUCGUUUGUUACGCACUUGUCAUCCUCUAUGCACAACGCAUCAAGCAUUUCUACAGUGAACCGGACGACAGCGAUGAGGAGGAGGAAAAACAGAAAAAUGAAGGCACCGUGAACAAGAAUGGGGUCGAGGCUGACACGAACUUGUGAAUAGCCUAAUCCCGCGCAGAAGCAGAAUGCAUCGGCGAGUUUCUCUAAACAUAAUCGUGCUCGAUUGUCGGGAGGAUACCCCGACCCUAAUCGCUCAUUUUAUGGUGGAGCAUAGAGUUCUUCAAUCCAGCACGAGGCCACACGCGAUCAUGCGAUCGUCUAGAUCUCAGGACGUGGAGGCAAAUCUCCCUUGGCGUUGAAGCACUCCAUCCAUGCUCCUAUGGAGAAUCAGAUGCUGACGGUAGAACUCACCCACAUAU